GGAGGAGGAGGAGCAGCAGGAUGGGGAAGAGGAGGAGGAGGAGGAGGAGCAGCAGGCUGGGGAAGAGGAGGAGAAGGAGCAGCAGGCUGGGGAAGAGGAGGAGCGGCAAGCAGAGGAGGAGGAGGAGCGGCAGGCAGAGGAACAGUUAGGGGGGUGACUGAAAUGCGUGUAUUGAGAGGAGGACAUAGUUUGGAUGGAAGAGGAGGACGUUGGGGUGAGAAAAGAGAUGGUGUUGGAGACAGGCAGGAGAGGAAUGAAGGCAGAUCAAAUUCUACAGGCAGAGUCGGGGUACCACAGGGUCGUGGGCUGGGCUAUAAAACACUGAAAGAACUCUCUGAAAAAGAUCCGUCUGCAGUGGCCAUCACCCUGUCCGCUCACCCUGCCCUGAAAGAUGUCCUGCAGUGCACAGAUAUGAGGCAGGACCUUAUUGAACUCCUCUGCCUGGUGCUGAGUAAAGCCUUCAAAUCUCAGGCAGACAGGUGCACCCUGCAGCACCUGGCCGGCAUCAUAAAAGAUUCAGGGUUCUUCCGCACCGUCCUGCCCCACUAUCUGGGGGGCAUGGUGUCAGAGUUCAACCCCACCCGCAGGGCGGACUACCCUUUGCACAUGGAAAACAUCUUGACCAUUCUGUCACAGGUCCUCAGCACCUUCCCUGCCAGCUCGGCCCAGACUGUGAGUCUGAUACUGACGAUGCUUAAAGCCUCCAUCGACAAACUGAGGGCCUUAGGGGUGGACAUCCAGCCUCAGACGGAGGAGAGCGUGGAGAACAUUGAGGUCCUGAUCAAGCACCUCCAGGAGAAAUCCAGGGACAGAACCCUGCGCUCGGACAAGGACACGUAUGCCCUUCUACCCACAGCAGAUGAAGAUAUGCAACCGGAUUUCCGGACCAUACCCAUCUACCCAACGCCCGAGGAGCUCCAGCUGGAGCAGAGGCCCUUCCUUAGAGCCAACCUCACCUCUCAGCGCUACACAAACACCCACCUCUACCUCGAUACGCACUUCCGGCUGCUGAGAGAGGACUUCGUGCGGCCACUCCGUGAGGGGAUCCAGCAACUGCUUCGGAUCCAAGCGGAAAAGGGAGGGGGCGAUGAUGGGAGCCAAAAUCAUCUGAAGACGAAGCAAUUUGAUGACAUCCGAGUAUAUUUUGACACCAAACUGGUGGUGCCCAGGUGCACGCCGGCUGGCAUUGCCUACGUAGUGCAGUUUGACAUUCAGCCACUCAAGUUUGUGCGCUGGCAGAACUCCAAGAGGCUGAUCUUCGGUUCCCUGGUGUGCUUGUCGUGUGAUAACUUUGAGAGCUUCCUGUUUGCCACAGUGUCAGAUCGGGAUCCCAAAACCUUAGAGCAGGGACUGGUCCAGAUUGCCUUUACUGAAGAGAGCAGAAGCAAGUUGGCCAGAAUUGAGAAAGAUCAGUCGUUCCUGAUGAUUGAGACCACUGCCUACUUUGAGGCCUAUCGGUAUGUUCUAGAGGGUCUAAAGGAGCAGAAGGAGGACGACCUGCCCUUUCAGAGGUACAUCGUGGAGUGCAGCACAGAUGUGGAACCCCCGGCUUAUCUGCGAAUAAGAGAUGACUAUGACCUGUCAUCUGUUGCUCACCCUGACCAUAAGCCCAACGUUAAGCCCUUUCACAGCCUGGUGGCACGGGCCUGGCCGAGGAAGGAGGAGCUGGGGCUGGAUGAGUCUCAGAUGAGAGCCUUCCAGCUGGCCCUCACAAAGGAGCUCACCAUCAUACAGGGACCUCCUGGCACUGGAAAAACCUACGUUGGCCUUAAGAUUGCUCGGGCUCUGUUGACCAAUCAGGAACUUUGGAGAGAUGGACGUGACGCAGCUCCAAUGCUGGUGGUGUGUUACACUAACCAUGCCCUGGAUCAGUUCCUUGAGGGUAUUCAUAAAUUUCUGCCAGAGGGAUUAGUGAGGGUAGGAGGGCGCAGCAACAGUGAGAUCCUGAAGCGUUUCAAUCUAAAGGAGCUGACCCACUCACCUGACUUCAAACGAACGCUGCCGCCUGACCUGCAGCGUGCAUACAGUCAGGUUUUCAAGCAGGUGUGUGAGGAGGAGAGGGCCAUCCAGAGCCAGAGCAUGAAGCUGGAGUGUUGUCUGAAAGGCAUCCUGCGGGAAACCUUCUUACAGAAUGUCAUCUCAGACGGACACUGGGACAGUCUGCACCAGCGACCGCAUACAUGGGGAGAUUUUUGGACCUCGGGCGAGAAGAAGGCCAGCCUGAUGAUGGAUUGGUUGGGUUUGGGUUCCACCGUCUUCCUGCAGAGGGCGACAGAGAAUGCAAAUAGACAUGACGCAGCAGAGGAAUCGUUGGAGUCGGAUGACGGGGACGACCUCAUUGUCAUCGCAGAGGAAGCAGAUCUGAUCCUGGAAGAGCGGUUUAUCGAAGACGGCGGUGGUCACAGAGAUGGCAAGAAGAAUGGAAACUUGGAUGAGGCUGUCCAAGCAGUCGGGGAACUGAUGCUGGCUAUGAACCUGGAGACCGACGAAGUACAGGCUGAGCAGAGCGAGGAAGGCUUUCAGCUACAACGGCACCAGAAGAAAAAGUUGAAGAACCGAAUCAGGACAGAGCUGAGGAAGAGAUCGGCCAUGACUAAAACGGAGGAAGAUGCUGUCUUGGAUGUUUGGACCCUUAGCCAGCGAGACAGAUGGAGACUCUAUCGGUUGUGGGUGGCCCGCUACAGAGUAGAACUUUGCACCAUAAUCCAACAGUCUGAAGAGGACUAUCAGAACGCCGUGGACAGAUUGGCCGAUGUAAAACUUCAUCAGAACCUCUGUCUCCUCAAGAAAGCCACGGUUAUUGGCAUGACUACAACAGGGGCAGCCAAGUUCCGUAGAGUUCUGCAGAUUGUGUGUCCACGUCUGGUGAUUGUGGAAGAAGCUGCCGAGGUUCUCGAGGCUCACACCAUCACGACGCUGAGCAAAGCCUGCCAACACCUCAUCCUCAUCGGAGACCACCAGCAGCUGCGCCCCAGUGCCACAGUUUAUGACCUCGCUAAGAACUUCAACCUGGAGAUGUCCAUGUUUGAGCGGCUGGUGAAGAUGGAACUUCCUUAUGUCAGACUCGACUACCAGCAUCGUAUGAGGCCAGAGAUCGCCCGUCUUCUGACUCCACACAUCUACGCAGAGCUGGAAAACCAUCCGUCUGUGUUGAACUACGACAACAUCAAGGGCCUUGAUACCAAUUUAUUCUUCGUGGAGCACAACCACCUAGAAGAACAGAUCAAAGACGGGAAAAGCCAUCGGAACCAACACGAGGCGAUGUUUGUAGUCUCUCUUUGCCGCUAUCUUAUCCUUCAGGGGUACAAACCCGAGCAAAUUACCAUCCUCACAACAUAUACCGGGCAGCUCUACUGCCUGCGCAACCUUAUGCCUGCCAACCAGUUCACAGGGGUCAAAGUGCACGUAGUGGACAAAUACCAGGGAGAAGAGAAUGACAUCGUUUUGUUGUCUCUGGUCCGCAGCAACCUGCAGGGUAAAGUUGGCUUUUUGAACAUUCCCAAUCGCGUCUGUGUAGCCUUGUCUCGUGCCAAGAAAGGUCUCUACUGCAUUGGCAAUAGUGCAAUGCUGGGCAAAGUCAAACUGUGGAGCAACAUCUUCCACACCUUGAGGGAGAAGGACCAGAUUGGAAAAGCUCUGACGCUGUGCUGUCAGAAUCAUCCAGAUCGACAGGUGACAGCGGCUCACGCCGACGAUUUCAAGCAAGCCCCCGAGGGAGGCUGCACGAAGCCCUGCGAGUUCCGUUUGGAUUGUGGCCACGUUUGCUCUCGCGUCUGCCACCCCUACGACCCCGAGCACAAGGAGUACCAGUGCCUCAAGAAGUGCCAGAAGACUUUAUGCGAUCUGGGACACAGGUGCCCACUUGUGUGCUACAAAGCAUGCCCAGAGAAAUGUUCAGUGAUGGUUGAGAAGAUCAUACCCCAGUGUCAACACGCACAGUCGGUUCCUUGCCACCAGGACCCGCAUACAUUUACAUGCCGGGAGCCAUGCACGAAGCUGCUUCACUGCGGACACCCAUGUGAAUCACUGUGUGGAGAACCAUGCAUCCUCAGUCGGUGCAAUGUGAAGGUCCCCAUCGCACUGAAGUGUGGCCACAGCCAACAGGAUUCGUGCUUUUACAAAACGCACACACAGGAGCCUGAAUGUAGGACCCCUUGUCAGGAGCAGCUUAAAUGUGGCCAUGCCUGUCGCGGUAGCUGUAGCCGGUGUUUUCAGGGCCGGUUCCAUUCCCCAUGUUUUCACCCCUGUAAGCGUCUCCUGAUUUGCUCUCACAUAUGCCCGGAGCCCUGCACUCGUGAUUGCCCCCCCUGUCGGAGACCGUGUGAGAACUGCUGCGUGCACAGCAACUGUACGAAGCCUUGCGGACAGCCCUGCGCUCCGUGCGUUGAGCCCUGCGAUUGGCAGUGCCCUCACCAAAGCUGCAGCAUGCUCUGCCACGAGCCAUGCGAUCGUCUGCCAUGCGACCAACCCUGUGCCAAGACCCUGGAUUGCAGCCACCCAUGCAUAGGUCUGUGUGGAGACAAAUGUCCGAGCAAAUGUCGCGUUUGUAAUCACGACGAGGUCACAGAGAUUUUCUUUGGCACCGAGGAUGAGCCUGAGGCUUACUUCAUUCAGCUGGAGGACUGUGAACACUUCUUUGAAUACACAGCCAUGGACCGCUACAUGGAUGCCAACCAGCAGGCAAAUGAAGGCGAGGAUGAGGCCAUUAAGCUGAAGGAAUGUCCCAAGUGUACAGUUCCAAUCCGCAAGAAUCUGCGCUACGGAUCUCACAUCAACCGCUGUCUUGCUGAGAUUGAGAUGGUAAAGGUCAAGAUGAAUGGAUGUCAGGCAGAUAUUGAUGAGCAUAGGGAGACUCUUCACAAACAGUGGGCGGACAACCUUCUCCUCGUUAAAAGGCAUUGCCGAAUGGACUACAUGGAAGUCAAUUACCAACUGGAAAAAAGCCAUCUCACAGCAAAGGACCUGUGGACCCUGGAAAACAAGAUGGAUUUCCUAAUAAGAGUUGCAAAGCUGAAGAAGAUCCUAAGGGAUAAACUGCUGGAGAUUCAAAGCUCAACAUUGGAAGAUAAUGUCGAGCAGUUUGUGCGCUGGCUCAAUGACCGGGGCCAAAAAUUCACAGACCAGCAGGUCUUUGAUUUGCAGAGAGAGCUGCAGAGAAUCACCCUCCUGAUUGAACUCAACACCCGUUGCAGUCAGGCAGACAUGAGAGGACAAAGUGACAAAAUACGAUCCGAGGUAAAAACGAUAACGGAGCUUUUGGAAAAAUGCGGCCAAUUCACUGAGCAAGAUCAACAACGAGUGACCGGCGCCAUGAAGAAACUCGACGAGAAGUUCCCGCCCACAGGCUUGGGGAUCAAUGACGAGGAGAGAAAGAUGAUCGUAUCGGCUCUGAAAAUGCAGCCUGGACACUGGUACAAAUGUCCCAAUGGCCAUGUCUACGUUAUAACGGAGUGUGGAGGGGCUAUGGAGAGCAGACGCUGCACCGAUUGUGAAGCUACUAUUGGUGGGGCCAAUCACACACUGACUGGUGGCAACCGAGUUGCCUCAGAGAUGGAUGGGGCGCAGCAUGCUGCUUGGUCCGACAACAACAACCUUCUAAACUUUGAUCCUCUUGACUUCUGAAAGCCGUCGUUGCCUUCACAGUCCUGGUCUGUUGGUUGCAAUACCUAAACUGUAAUCACUUUUAAUUCAUGUUGGACUAGGAAGGCUCUCUACGAAGGUUACUGAGAUAAUGCAGUAGUCUAUUUUACUUUGAGUUUUAUGAAUGCUUUUUAGUUCUCUUGCGUUUUCAUAUAUACAUCCCAGUUGUUUUUGGUCUUUCCCACAAAUUUUGCUGUGUAUGUGUUUUGAUGCCACUUUGUGUUCAUGGAAGUUUGAACAUUUCCUGCUUCAGACGUAGUGGUUUUGUUUUAAAACUUGCUUUCCUGCAUUUGCUCAACCAUCCUUGUGUAAGUAACAGUUGUCCUGUUGUUCAACAAUAGGUGGCAGUAAAACACUGUUAAAGAGCUUACAGAGAAAUGACAUGAUGGUUAUCAUUUUUGCAGCUUGUUUUAAAUGAAAUAAAACUUGUUUGAAUGUA